AGAGCGGGGUUGGGGUUUCAGUGUGAAGAACACACAACCCACUGCAAGUCUGCAAGCUCUCCGGCCAUGGAUGUUCCCAGAGAUCAAGUCACAACCCUCAUGGAGCACGGCCUCUACACUUCUGCUCAGAUGCUUGGUUGUUUUCUUGUUUCUUCCUCUGCUGUUAAUCCCGAAACCAGUCCCCACAUCAAGGCUGAAAGCUUGGUGCUUCUGGGUGACGCUUUGUUCCGUGAAAGAGAGCAUCGGAGAGCAAUUCACACAUACAAGCAAGCCUUGCAACACUACAAGAUUAUUCCCAGACAAAAUUCAACAACUAGAAUUUCAUUGUCAACAUCAAACAGGUCUUCUUCUCCAAAUUCUUUUAACAUUUCAGCAAUUAACGAAAAUGAGGUGAAGUUCAAAAUUGCAUCGUGUCAUUGUGCAAUAAAUGAGAACGUAGCAGCCCUUGCUGAGAUGGAGGGAAUUCCAAGCAAAGCAAGAAAUUUGCAGAUGAACCUAUUAAUGGGUAAGCUUCAUCGAAAUUCUAGACAGAAUCGUGCUGCUAUUGCUUGUUACAAAGAGUGUCUGAGGCAUUGUCCUUAUGUCAUUGAAGCUAUUAUUGCUUUAGCUGAAUUAGGAGUUUCUGCAAAAGAUAUUCUAUCAUUGUUUCCUCAGACACCAAAUAGAAGUGGGAGGCCACCAUUUGAUCAUUUUGACUCGAGUCGUUGGCUGCAACGUUAUGUUGAAGCACAAUGUUGUAUUGCUUCAAAUGAUUACAAAGGUGGUCUGGAACUCUUCACAGAACUUCUACAACGUUUUCCUAAUAAUAUACACAUAUUGCUCGAAAUUGCAAAGGUUGAAGCCAUUAUUGGAAAGAAUGAUGAGGCCAUAAUGAAUUUUGAAAAGGCUCGAUCAAUUGAUCCACAUAUUAUCACUUAUAUGGAUGAGUAUGCAAUGCUUCUGAUGAUAAAGUCUGAUCAUCUAAAGCUGAACAAGUUGGUGCAUGAUUUGCUGAGUAUUGAUCCUACAAGGCCUGAAGUUUUUGUGGCUUUGUCUGUGGUGUGGGAGAGGAAAGAAGAGAGAGGUGCCUUGUCUUAUGCUGAGAAGAGUAUCCGAAUUGAUGAGAGGCAUAUACCAGGUUAUAUCAUGAAGGGUAACCUGUAUCUAUCAAUGAAUCGGCCAGAUGCUGCUGUAGUUGCCUUCAGGGGAGCUCAAGAAUUGAAACCUGAUCUUCGUUCCUAUCAAGGUUUGGUUCGUUCUUAUUUGGCACUCUCAAAAAUCAAAGAGGCUCUUUAUGUUGCCAGGGAGGCAAUGAAGGCCAUGCCUCAAUCUGCAAAGGCUUUAAAGUUAGUUGGGGAUGUACAUGCUAGUAACUCUGGUGGCAGAGAGAAGGCAAAAAAGUUCUAUGAGUCAGCCCUCAGAUUGGAACCUGGUUAUCUUGGAGCUGCACUAGCUUUAGCUGAGCUCCAUGUCAUGGAGGGCCGAACUGGGGAUGCUAUAUCUCUGCUUGAGAGAUAUCUCAAGGACUGGGCGGACGAUUCUCUUCAUGUCAAGUUGGCUCAAGUAUUUGCUGCUACAAAUAUGUUGCAAGAUGCCUUGUCACAUUAUCAGUCUGCAUUGAGGAUAAAUGCACAGAAUGAAGCUGCCAAAAAAGGAUUAGAGCGCUUGGAGAAACAGAUGAAGGGAGUGGAUCCUGAUGCACCUGAAGAAGAUGAAGAGAAUGAAGUUGAGGAUGCUGAUGGAGACCAGGAAGAGGCAGAGCUUUUGUGAGGAACAGAUAAAGGAGGCCUUUGUCAAAUUUGACAAAAUGAGGGGAACUACACCUUUGUUGAUUGCUUUGUUGUGACCACUGCCCCAUUGCCAUGACAACUACGGCGAUUUCCACUCCUGAAAGCUGGGCUAUCGAUCUCCCUGUCUGCCAUAUCCACCUUGUCAGAGAAUCCAAAACAAGAAAUUGUGCUAUUAACAUUUUUAUCAAAAUUUUCAUGAUGUCAUUGAAUGCAUUGUAAGGAGCAAAUAAUGGUAUCAAGUGAUCAUCUGAUGGAUCACAUAUUUUUAAUCGAAAAGGUACAAAGUUGUUCUUA